GCACGAUGGAGAUGCAAAUGCCUUGGAAGGCCAUGCCGACACUUUUCUCGAGCGGGGCGCGGCCAACGCGAGCGGCCGAGGAUGGGCCGAAGGGCAGGGACGCGCGGCGAACCUCCGGACGCCGCGCAUCCUCGCCAGCAGUGUGGACCGACCCCGCCUCGCUUCGCCACACCGCGGGGCGACGGCGCCCAGGCUCCUGAUCGCCCGAACGUCCGUCUGCUUCGCCCAGGCCCUGCCGGGCACGUCCCCAAUCAGAGCGCUCGGGCUCAGCAGCUGUGGGCGCCAGGCUGGGACGGCCCGCCGAGCGCCCCAGCGGAGCUCGGGCGGGGCGCUGCUGCUGCUGCUUCCUGCUGGGGCAGGGAUGCUCACCCCUCCGUCUCCACCUCUUGCUUACAGUACUGUGAUGGUCACCGCGACACGGGGAAGGGAGGAGGUGAGGGAACGGGAAGGGCAGGAUAAGAGAAGAAAGGAAGGGGAAUGAGGGAGGAGCAAGGAAACGGAACUGGAACCGAUGAGGAUGCAGGUGGGGAUACUGUUAAACAAUAAGAUGCCGAUGCUUUAAGAAAGCGGCGAAUACCUAUAAAAUAUGGUCCUCAUCGGCCAACCAAAGACUAACGAACCGUAAGCAGGACUACGUUGCCGGUUCACAGCGGCACUACUUGAAUCUCAGAAGGGGGAGACUUCCGAAGAAAAAGUGACACAAAAUGAAAAUGAUCGUGACCAGAAGUGCAGGGUGUUGAUCGUCAAUGUCAAAAGUAGCGUCGAAUCCCAGAGCAUCUAACCUUGGCGACAUUGUGAGACAAUUCGCACCAAUCAGAAUGAAGUCGGCAAGAAACCAAAUACCGAACCCACCCAUCGUGACGCACUUGAGGAUACCUAACGUAAAUUGCCUGGCGUAGCAUCGGUCAAUACCAAAAACUCCAAGGCAGAAGCCGUUCAGAACAGCCAGCGCCAUCUUGUUCACCACGGCUGGACCGCCGUGGUCGAUGUCCAGCUCGAACUCGAUGUCAUUCCUCAAUCUAGCCCACGUCCACGAAUGACCCAUCAUAUGCCACUCCAGUCUGCAGAAGGCGCAUCGAGGACCGACACGUUCUCGGUGUUGGCCUGUCUCAGCUGCAGCUGCUUGGAGGCUCUUGCUGCGCCACCUGCCUGGCGAAGAGCAAACUCGUGAGCGUCCAAUGCAAGUUGUUGAGCGUCCAGACCUGUGCCGCACACGAACAGAAAGUGGUGCUGCAGCGCAAUGAACAGUUGGUGCUUCAUUACAUCAGCUGGCGGGCCGCGAGGGCAUGAGCCAGCGCGGCUAUGGAAGUAAGGUGGAAGUGAUGAUGGCCAUGGUGCUGAAGAUGGCCCUGAAG